AUGGCUCCCGGCGGCUCCCGCAAGCGCUCCAGGAGUCGCAGCCGCUCGCGGGGGCGAGGGUCGGAAAAGAGGAGGAGGAAGAGCAGCAAGGACGCCCGGGGCAGCUGUUCGGCUUCUAGGUCCCACGACCGCAAGGCCAGCACCACCUCCUCGGGGGCGGAGGAGAGAAGCAAACACCAGGCUCGGAGAAGACCACGUUCCAGCUCCUCCUCCUCCUCCUCUUCCAGUUCUCCCAGCUCCUCUUCCUCCUCUUCGUCCUCCUCCUCCUCCUCCUCCUCCAGCCAUGGCCGGAAGAAGCGGGGGAAGCACAAGGACAAGAAGAGGAGGAAGAAGAAGAAGAAGAAAAGGAAGAAGCUGAAGAAGAAAGACAAGGAGAAGGCAGAGGUGCAGCCGCCGGAGGCUCUGCCGGGCCCCUCGCUGGACCAGUGGCACCGGUCCGCCGGGGAGGACGACGACGGCCCAGUCCUGACAGAUGAGCAGAAAUCGCGCAUCCAGGCCAUGAAGCCCAUGACCAAGGAGGAGUGGGACGCGAGGCAGAGCAUCAUCCGCAAGGUGGUGGACCCGGAGACCGGCCGCACCAGGCUCAUUAAGGGAGACGGCGAGGUCUUGGAGGAAAUUGUAACCAAGGAACGGCACCGGGAGAUCAACAAGCAAGCCACCCGAGGGGACGGCCUGGCCUUCCAGAUGCGAGCGGGGCUGCUGCCCUGA